AUGGGCGAUACAGUCCGGACAGAUGUCCUGAUCGUCGGGGCCGGCCCGUCCGGGUUGAUGGCCGGAGUUUGGAUGGCCCAGAUGGGGGUGAACACGAUGAUAAUUGAUCAAAAGCACAAUCUUACGCGAUGCGGUCGAGCCGACGGACUGGAGAGUCGAACAUUAGAGAUUCUGGACAGUUUCGGGCUCGCAGAUAAAAUCUGGACUCAGGCAAACCACACUGUGGAGAUUGCGUUAUGGGGCGCUGGAGCCGAUGGGAGGUUGCAAAGGCAGAGCAUCACCGCAAAUUCCAAGCCUGGAUGGUCCCGGUUCUAUGAGUCCACGCUUAGCCAGGGCCAAGUAGAAGAGUAUCUCAUGCAAUUUGUGAGGGCUCGAAAGCACGUCGAAGUUAGGCUGGAAACAAUCCCCACUUCGUUGGAGAUUGAUAACAUGACGAUCGACCACCACGAUGCGUUUCCGUUUCGCGUCAAUUUGGAGACUGCGCCAUUUAGUCCGCAGUCUUCGUUCGAUGGCGUGGCUACUCCGAACAGCGAGCUCAGCUCGGGACAGUCUGAUGACUCGGGGUAUGCAGGCAUGGGGACAAUGGUUGAAGCCAAGUACAUUCUGGGCUGCGAUGGAGCUCAUAGCUGGGUCAGGAAGCAACUCGGGUUGAAACUCGAGGGCGAAACUUACGACGACUGUUGGGGUGUUCUGGAUAUCAUCCCGUUGACGGAUUUCCCCGAUAUACGGAAGCGAUUCAUUAUCAAGUCAAUGCACGGAACUCUCAUGAUGAUUCCACGGGAGAGAAAACUUGUGCGUAUCUACGUGGAGCUUCCAUUCGAAGCAGCCGAGAGAUAUCGCGCAGAGCACAACGCCGGCAUUCUCAUGGAGCAGGUUGCAACCAUCAUGAAGCCCUAUAGCAUUAGAACGAAUUAUGUUGACUGGUCAACAAUCAACAAGGUCGGCCAACGCAUCUGCCGAAAAAUUGGUCCCCAUAACCGGAUAUUCCUUGCCGGAGAUGCCAUUCAUACACAUUCUCCGAAGGCAGGACAAGGGAUGAACGUCAGCAUGCAAGACACGUUCAACCUCGGCUGGAAGCUGGCCUCUGUCAUCAAGGGCGUUUUGCACCAAAGUGCUCUCGAGACAUAUCAGCAAGAACGGCUACCCGUCGCCGAGCAACUGAUUGCAUUGGAUCAAAGAAUAUGCCGAGGGAUGUGCACCAAGCGGAACGGUGGUGUAGAGGCCCAAAACGGCCGCUUCGACGAGGACCAUAGGCGGGCACUGGAGCAGGAGAAUUCCUCAAUGUCAGGUCUCGCUGUGACCUACCAACCUAAUUCCCUGGUCACACCAACAGUUUGGGAUACAUCUUUGCCCAGCGACGUGCCGCCCUGCACCAGCAGACCAUCCGUGGCCCGAAAUCUCCGGGUCGGCGCGCGCGUUCCUAGUGUGCUGAUCCUUAACCAAAGCGACUCGCAGGCAUGCCAUUUGCAUCAGAUCCUUCCCAGUACGGGACAAUGGAAUCUGAUUGUUUUCGGAGGUGACAUUGUGGCGGCGAAUCAGAAGCGCCGCGUCGCUGCCCUCACAGAUGCCCUUAAUGCCCCUGAUUCAGCCUUCGCGAAGCUGAAUAACCGGGUCUCCAUCGCGCAGCGCGGGUUUCCGGUUCUCGGCAUGUAUCUCAUUCACCGUGCUCAUAGGCAUAGCAUCGAGCUGAACGAUCUGCCGUUGGUCUUCCGUCCUUGGACAAAUGACGGUGUGGACUAUGGCAGAGCUUGGGUGGAUGCUGAAACUUAUCAUCACGCUGGCGGAGGGAAACUGUACUCUUCUUUUGGAAUUGGGCCAAAGGGGUGUAUGGCAUUACUGCGGCCUGACCAGCAUCUGGCUUUUCUAUCAGAUAUAGAUGACGUGGACGGUUUAGAGCUGUUCCUGCGGUCGGUCAUGCCUGGGGCGACAUAG